GUUCGAGCUCAAACCAAGUUGAAUAUAUCACGUCGUAAUUAAUAAAAACAAAUGGAAACAUUAAAAAUCAGGUAAUCAGUCAAUAUGUAUUUUAACCAAGUACUAUUUGUAGUUAUUGCAAACAUUAUAAAUUUCACUCUUGGAUUUAUUGCGUACGAUUGUGGAGGGUCGAAUCUAAAUAUCACUUCAUUUGACAGCCUGGAAGUAGAAAAAUGUGAUAUUCCAAUACCAACACAAACGGAACAGAUACAACGAAUACAAUUAUUACAAAAAGUUGAAACAUAUCCAGUUGUUUUUAAAUCGUGUUUAAUAUCUGUGGAUUAUUUAAUAACGAGAUGCUCGACAUUUGAAGACGCGCAAGUAGUGGAUGGCGGUUACUUUUCUGACAUUAUCGAACUAGGAAGUGCUCGAUGUUCAGAGGUUCAUCAGAAACAAUCCUAUAAUUUCCCACUAGGAGGUGUAGUAACAGACUUAAAAAUUAACGAAACAAUACAUGUUUCAAAUACAAUGUUAGGGUCAUUAGAUAAGUAUGGCAAUUGCAAAGGCUCAUCUUUUAAAUCAAAUAAAGGAGAUUGGGAAAACGUCGUUGUCCAAGCUAAAUUUAAAAUAUUGCUAUCGGAAGGUGUGGCUACAGCGAAUACCAAAAAUAACGUUCUUAUGCUUCCAACAGGAACAAAACUUAAGUUAUCAGACAAUUACGGCAUUGAUGCUUUUAAAGGUGAAACUAUCUGGUCAAACAAUAACAUAAACUGUGAAGAACACGAUUUCAGUGUCCUAUAUGAUGGACCAGCGUCUUUAAUUACGUCAAAUACUAUUGAUGAAAGUUCAAAUACAUAUACUUAUAUUGUGGAGACUGACAAAAUAGUCUUUGCUUUAAAAAAAGUCAAAAAAACGUUUGCUUGCACAGGAAUCCCAGUUUUUCAGACUGAACAUAUGCAGUUAUUAAUUUUAACAGAACCUACAUUUUUUAAUUAUUUCACACGAAAAACCAUAACUGCUCAAAAUACUGAUUUAUUAGCUUACAUAAACACAAAAUUUGUUUAUGUCGAAAAUUUCUUCAAAUCAACUUUUACAUCGUUGUAUAACGAUAUACUACUUAACCCUUAA